AUGAGCUCCUACUUCGGCGCUGGACAUGACUGGCAAUCAACAGAACUACCUCUCAAUCACUUCACUGCCGGCAAAGUUUGCUCCAAUGCUUACAACACAUCGCCCAAUGGCUACCAGUCCUAUCACUCGCCACACCAAACGGCUUAUGUCAUGACACCGACGCCAUCAAUGCCCAGAUAUGUGUCCUCCGGAGGAACAGACCACUCGCACGCCAUCGCACACAACCGUUUCAUCGAGAGUUCGGUCGCAUUUCCGCAUCACUCGCAACAUCACAACCACAACCAUCACAUGAGUGCUCACCACUCACUCCAACACCACAGUCAUCCUCAUCACAGUCACGCACAUCAUCCACAUCCAGAUCACGUAUUCACGGGGGGAGCCCUACUCAGUGGCUCCACAGCCUCUGCCACCGCUCCACUCCAGGCGUCGGUUCCGUACCAUACACUCAGUCAACAUCCGAGCCCUACGAGCGUCCACUCACUGCCCAUUCACGGCCAUAGCGUCACUAAUUUGUUACAAUCAGACACUCUUCUACAGGACGGCACCGGUAAUGCCACUCGUGUUGUGACUCCCGACCAGGUCUGCGGAACUCCACAUAACACAAGUUCUGUGGGACACCCGCACCAACUCUAUCCAUCCAACCAAAGCCCAGCCUCUUGUAAAUUAAGUGUAAAUCAAUUUGAGAACAAUUCGAUCGCAACGGCGACCACCCGUUCCACGUCUACCACCGAUGAGUCGCCAGCCUUUGACUCCCCGCCGCCCACCACUCCUGAGUUGGCGGCCAUUAACUGCCAAAUCAAUUCACAGCAAAGCGGUGGUAAUAAACACUUCUUUCCGUGGAUGAAAUCAUAUCAAGACUCAGGACAGGGACCAAAGAGAACUCGACAAACAUAUACUCGAUUCCAAACACUGGAGUUAGAGAAGGAGUUCCACUUUAACCGGUAUCUGACCCGAAGGCGACGCAUAGAGAUCGCCCACUCGUUAGGACUGACCGAAAGACAGAUCAAGAUUUGGUUCCAAAACAGGAGAAUGAAAGCUAAGAAGGAAAACAAAAUCAAAGUCGACCCCAACGACGCUGACGGCAAACUCAUCGAUGAUAACGACGACUCAAAUAGAAAGAUGUGA